AUGAUGUUUAUCAUCGACAACUCCUCCGCGCCAUCCUGCCCAUCCACCGUAGACGGCGACCAUUACAUUCGUUGGAUCCAUACACUCUUUGGGGAUUGCGUAUACGGAUGGCAAGAUUCGUGCAGCGUGUUGCUUGGUUACUUGUCUAUCCUUUGUUGGCUCAAUGCUCAAUUGCCGCAAAUCAUCAAAAACUACCAGCUACAAGAUGCAUCAUCGCUUAGCUUUACGUUCCUUAUGACAUGGCUAAUUGCGGAUGUUGCGAACUUUAUUGGAUGCAUUCUAACGGGCCAACUUGAUUUCCAAUUGUACUUGGCGAUUUAUUUUACCUUGGUGGAUGCCAUGUUGUGUAUUCAAUGGGUCUACUAUGUGCGGUAUCCAAGGAACGGGUUGCGUUUGUGGCUCAAUAACAACAAUCAGCAUCAUAUUACGUCAUGUUCCCAAGAGCAAGAUCCAUUGUUGAAUACCGGAGUACAAGACAAAGCUGAUUCAUCAGCAUCAACCUAUGGUAAUAACAGCAACAAUAACAACGAGGGUGGCAAUUAUCAGGCAAUAUCAUCACAAGAGGACAUUGGUGGUAGCAGCAGCAGUGGCAGUGGUAGCAGUAAACGUGGUGAUGCAGUGAGAGCAUUGUUCAUGGUGGGUUAUCUCGUGUCACUCAGGGGCGUGUCACCUGCUGACGCACAGUCGUCGUUUACAACAAUCCCAUCACACGAUCUUGUGUUCUCUUCAUGGGAUACCGACCUUUGGAUUGGCCGAUUCUUUGGUUGGCUUUGCGCUUUCUUAUAUCUUAGUUCACGCGUGCCCCAGAUGUAUCGCAACUUUCGGCGUCGUUCCGCACAAGGGUUAUCAAUGGCUUUGUUUUUAUGUGCAGCCGCUGGUAACCUUACGUAUACUCUUGGCAUCCUCUUGAACCCCAAUCAAAACCGCCAAACUAUGCUAGAAGCGAUUCCAUACAUCCUUGGUAGCGCUGGCACUCUUGUAUUCGAUGUGACCAUUUACAUCCAACAUGCCGUUUACAGCAGGCAUACCGAGGAAAAGACAUACCCACAACAUCAUCAACAGCAUCACCAUCAGUACGAUGAGGAGUAG